CUAAUGGCGGCGGGAAAGAACGUCAUCUCUGGAAACAGACGUUUUGCCUGGCCGUGACGAUUGAGAACAGCUUAUCCAAUGGCCAGGGAGAAAAAGACAGUUAAGUUGAGGACAGUGCAAGCCUGCAAGCCAACAAUUGUCCGCUUUAAACCAGGGCUUUCUUAAGAUUUGAUUGGCUCGGAUCUGGCUGAAACGCCAAUAAAUGCCUCUGUAUUUCCCCAUUCUCUGACUUGUAAUUCAAAAGAUAUUAUCUGAUCAAGGAGCAUGAUUCUGAAGGAAAUAUCUUCUCGUAAGAAAGUCAACCAGGCGCUGUGGGACAAACUGAAGCCAUGGCGCUCCGUCAAGGAGUCCAUAGAGCGUGUGCUCAUGGAUGCCAAAGGCAGUGACAACAGCAUUACUUUAGAACAUGGUCUCCAGCUGAUGGAAACGCUGCGUCAUUGCAGUAGAAUUCGUGCCAUGACCCACUUCACUUCCAGCACGGCGGAGGUUUUCCUCACCCACUAUAAGCAGGGCUCCGUCAAAACGAACUGUGCCUGGGAGGUGGUCAUGCAGGUCAGCGGAGAGGUCCAGUUUACUGCAAAAAAGUUUGAAACCCAAAGAAUUAUUUCUCAAAUGAUAUUUAUACCCACCCAUUAUGUGUACGUUGCCUUCUGUUCUGACUUGAAACUGGUCGUGUUUAGGGACUACAAAUCUAACUGUGAAGAGAGAUGUGCAACUACGUGCAUCACUACGUUGCUCUGCAUGGUUUACAACAAGGAUACAGAUGAACUCAUUACAGGCGGUGUAGGGGAGCUCUUGAGAUGGACCCUGACUGGAAUUGAGCGAGGAAAUCCCCCACUGCCGGGCAGGAGGUUUGAGACAAGCAUCCGCCGGGAAGAUUGGGUGCGGGAUUUGAAGAUUGACAGGAAGAACAAGAGAAUCCUGGCCCUGUGUGGAUUCAACAUCUGUGUCGUCAAUUAUGAGACAGACAAGCAAACUCAUUUUAUUGAAAGCAGACAUAUUGGACCUCUUUGUUGCUGUACUUUUUAUAAAAUCAGGGAGUAUUUUAUAACGGCUGGAAUGGAUGGUUGUAUAAAGGUUUGGAAUGCUGGGGCGAUGAAGCAGGUGCACGAGUUUGUGGGCCAUUACGGGAAAGUCACUAGUUUACAGAUUAGCAGAACUGACCCGUUGUUGUUGUCUAGCUCCAUGGAUGGCACUGUGCAGGUGUGGAGGAUUGACAACUUUCAGUGGAUAAAACGUCUGGAUGUUGGUGAGAAGAUUUACAGCAUGAAGUUACUGGGACAAGGAAAUCUGUACUGUCAGACGGUCAACGAUGUUCUCCUGUACACUAUGAACCAGUUCUACAACACGUUUUCCACGGUGGAGUCCACUGUUAGCUGUCUAAAGCGAGUGAGUUGGCCAGGAUACAUGUCGUGUAUCAUUGCUUCUACUGAGGAUGGCAGUGUUCGGUUUCUUUCCCCGGUCACUGGCUGCACCAUCACUAUUAUCUUCCCUCUGCCUACCUUCCAGGUGUUCAAUCACUUUUCCUACAACAGGAAGAAGAACAUCUUGUUAACUUUGACCCCUACAGGAGCAGGUGAGUGAACAGAUGUAGACAUAUAUUGAUUACAAUCAGGCAGGUGAGUGAG